UUCAGCGUCGCAUGCCCCGCCUCAUCUUUCUACCCUGCACAACUCAGCCUUCGCGCUAAACAGCGACAACUGCGAUCUGUGUCGUCAGCAGAAGAGUCUCAGACCACUGUCUUUCCUCUAUUCCUACUCUUCUAAGCAGACCUGUGUUGCUCCUAAAGCCGACGAGAAUACGCCAAGAUGGCCCUCCCAAAGCGCAUCAUCAAGGAGACUGAACGCCUUAUGGCCGAACCAGUUCCCGGAAUCAGUGCUGUACCUCACGAAGACAACCUGCGGUACUUUGACGUCGAGAUCCACGGUCCCGCGUCGUCACCAUACGAAGGCGGCAUUUUCAAGCUCGAGCUGUUUCUCCCAGAUGAUUAUCCCAUGACUCCGCCCAAGAUUCGAUUCCUCACCAAGAUUUUCCACCCGAACGUUGACAAGUUGGGCCGCAUUUGCCUGGAUGUGCUGAAGAACAACUGGUCGCCUGCGCUGCAGAUCCGAACGAUUCUGCUCUCCAUCCAGGCCCUCCUAGGUGCUCCCAACCCCGAUGACCCUCUCGCCCCCGAUGUUGCCAAGAGCUGGAAAGAAGACGAGGUGGCAGCCAUAGCAACGGCAAGAGAGUGGACAGAUAAAUAUGCAAAGGCGUAGACUUAGAACCGGAAGACGAGGGACGAGGGGAUGAAAAGAGAGAGAUAUAUGCAUAUAUAUUUCCAAGAUCUGUGAUAUGUUUUGCGAUCAAAACAGGGGCUUGCUACGGGGUACGAGCAUUACUAUGGGAGGAGUUGAGAGAUUAUCCUUUUUCUUUGAUUUGGUUUCAUAUAUUUAGAAGGCUCAAAUUUGUUUCGAGAUGGGCCGCAAGCGUUAUUGUCACGCUUCUAUGGUGUAUGUUUUAGACAGUACAAGUGGUCUUGCAGACAGAUAUACCACUGGCGCAAUACAUCAUCACAUAAC